AUGGGGGGCAGCUUGCGGGUGGCCGUGCUGGGCGCUCCGGGAGUGGGCAAGACGGCCAUCAUCCGCCAGUUCCUGUUCGGUGACUACCCCGAGCGACACCGGCCCACGGACGGCCCCCGCCUCUACCGGCCCGCAGUGCUGCUCGACGGCGCCGUCUAUGACCUGAGCAUCCGCGACGGCCACGGCGCCGGCCCCACCUCGCCUGGCCCGGGCCCGAGCCCCGGAGGGCGCCAGGAGUGGCCGGACCCUAAGGACUGGAGCUUGCAGGACACAGACGCCUUCGUGCUGGUCUACGACAUCUGCAGCCCGGACAGCUUCGACUACGUGAAGGCCCUGCGGCAGCGAAUCGCCGAGACCAGGCCGGCAGGUGCACCCGAGGCCCCCAUCCUCGUGGUAGGCAACAAGCGGGACCGGCAGCGGCUGCGCUUCGGCCCCCGGCGUGCGCUGGCCGCCCUGGUGCGCAGGGGUUGGCGCUGCGGCUACCUCGAGUGCUCGGCCAAGUACAACUGGCACGUGCUGCGUCUCUUCCGCGAGCUUCUGCGCUGCGCGCUGGUGCGCGCACGCCCUGCACAUCCGGCCCUGCGCCUGCAGGGGGCGCUGCACCCGGCGCGUUGCAGCCUCAUGUGA